GUCGUCCAACCGGAGCUGCUGCUGCUGCAAUGAAACGUGAUUCCUCUGUUUGUCUUUGCAGCCCUGCCCCGAGUUAAAGGCCUACGACUACUUUAACCCAAAUAUCUGCUCUGGAAGCGAACCCGGAGAAGCCUCCUGGCUUCGGAUCGCCGUUUUACCUCCGUUCAGACUACCGGAGAGCCGACGGGAGCUGCGUUUGGUCUGUUUGAGUCGCAGCCGUGUCGCUUUCGGCAUGCCUCUCCACAGCAUCUGGCCCCUGUGUAGGAUGUUUUCUCAGGUCUGAGAAAAAGGCGGCGCGAUGGGAAACGAGGACAGCCUUGAAGAUGUGUUUGUUGCUGUCAUUCGUCCAAAGAGUCAAGUCAGCCUGAGCUCCAAGGAAUACAGAGCCAAAGCCUAUGAGAUCCUACUGAAAGAAGUGCCUUUGGAGGGGAAGGAGAAGAAAAGAAAGAAAGUCCUUCUGGCGACAAAGAUCAAAACAGGAGGAGACAAAUCCAAAUCCAUAUUGGAUUAUGUUGACGAAACGAUCCGACCGAUCUCCAAUAACCAAGGCUUCAUUGGUAAGCGUGUGGUGCAUAUGAAGAAAUUUACUCUUGAAGGUGACAAUGAAGGAAAAGAAGCUUCACUUUUUGUUGUGCCAGUCAGUGUUAAAGACAACAGCAAGCCUGUCCAUAGUCCUGGGUGCCCCAACUUCUACUGCUUCCAGGACAUCAUGAGAGUGUGCAGUGAGACCAGCACUCACUUCUGCUCCAUCACCUCCAGGAUGCUGCUGGCCUUAGACAAAUGGUUAGCAGAGCAGCACACCGUGCCUCACGCCAUCCCGGCUCUGUUCAGGCCGGCGCCUGUGGAGCGGGUGAAGACCAACGUCAGCAACCCGGCCUACAGCAGCGAGGGCAAACUGAGCGACGAGGGGCUGCACAUGGGAUACACGGCUCUGGAGAUCAAGAGCAAGAUGAUGUCCUUGGAGAAGGCAGACAUGUGCAUCCUGAAUCCACUCUAUGGCUCUGAUCUGCAGUAUACCAACCGGGUAGACAAAGUUAUCAUCAACCCGUACUUUGGCCUCGGAGCACCAGACUACUCCAAGAUCCAGAUCCCCAAGAGGGAGAAAUGGCAACAUGGCCCCAACUGUGUGGCAGAAGACAAGGAGCGUCAGUGGGUGGACGACUUCCCUCUCCAUCGCAGUGCCUGUGAAGGAGACACCGAGCUGCUCUCCAAGCUUCUGGACAGCGGUUUCUCAGUGAAGCAGCUGGACAGCGACCACUGGUCUCCCAUCCACUAUUCCUGCUGGCACGGUAAAGUAGAGGCGACCAAGCUGCUGCUGGAGAAAGGUAACUGUAAUCCAAACCUGCUGAACGGCCAGCUCAGCUCCCCUCUGCACUUUGCAGCCAGAGGAGGCCACGCAGAGAUCGUGCAGCUCCUGCUGCAGCAUCCAGAGAUCGACCGGCACAUAGAAGACCAGCAGAAGCGAUCGCCGCUACAAGUGUGCGAGGAGAACAAACAGAACGAGUGGGAGGAGACGGUGAAACUUCUGCAGCAAGCCAACAGCAAACCAUAUGAGAAGGUGCGUAUCUACCGCAUGGACGGCUCAUAUCGCUCUGUGGAGCUGAAACACGGCAACAACACGACUGUGCAGCAGAUCAUGGAGGGAAUGCGUCUUUCUCAGGACACCCAGCAGUACUUCACCAUCUGGAUCUGCUCAGAGAACCUCCACCUGCAGUUGAAGCCGUACCACAAGCCCCUGCAGCACCUGCGCAUCUGGACGGAGAUCGUGACGGACCUGACGGUGCUGGAUCCUCAAAGGGAGACACCUCAGCUCUUCCUCCGCAGGGACGUCCGGCUGCCUCUCGAAAUUGAGAAAAAGGUGGAGGAUCCACUUGCCAUCCUGAUCCUGUUCGACGAGGCCCGUCACUGCCUCCUCAAGGGCUUCUUUCCUGCUCCAGACAGCAAGCUGAUCACACUGGCCAGCCUCCUCCUGCAAAUCAUCUACGGCAACUACGAGAGCAAGAAGCACAAGCAAGGGUUCCUCAAUGAGGAAAACCUCAAAUCAAUAGUGCCGAUAUCUAAGGUGAAAAGCAAAGCGUACCACUGGACCAACAGGAUUCUUCAUGAAUACAAAGCCCUGAGCACCAGUGAGGGGGUGAGCAAAGAGAUGCAUCACCUGCAGCGACUCUUCCUGCAGAACUGCUGGGACAUCCCGACCUACGGAGCAGCGUUUUUCACCGGCCAGGUCUACACCAAGGCCAGCGCUAGUAACCACAAAGUCAUCCGUGUCUACGUCGGGGUCAACACGAAGGGGCUGCACCUCAUGAACAUGGAGACCAAGGUCCUGCUCAUCAGUUUAGAGUACGGCACAUUCAUGUGGCAGCUGGGACACGCUGAUCAGUACUUCCAAAUACACAGCGGUGACAAUAAAAUGAACUUCAUUGUGCACACAAAACAGGCUGGCCUUAUUGUGAAGCUUUUAAUGAAACUGAGCGGACAGAUGACUCCAAACGACAAAGGCACAACAGACAAAUAUGCAUAUGGCUGAGAACUGUUGAAGAAACCACAGCUGCCAAAGAUCUCCGACUCUUCGUACUGACCAUCACCUGACUGCAAUAACUCUGGACGGAGAGUUGGCCUCUCCACAAACGCCUCAUUUUGUUAAACAGCCUUAGUGAGAUCUUUCACGACUUUACAUUGUGCAUUUUGAUGAGUCACACAUUUUGGCUGCGUGUAAAUAUGUUUAUUAUUUAAUGUUUGUUUUAUUAAACGGAUUGAUGUAUGAACGA